GGCAUAUUUCUCACUUUUUCACACGAAACAAACGAGUUAAAGUGCAUCGAUUACUAUGGGGAUACAAAUGAGAAACGGAUAAAACUGUAGAUAUGUACCAAGCGAGACGAACAAACAAAUGCCAAUAAAUUAUCGCUGCUUUUGACGUUAUUCAAAUUUUUUAGUACCGUUCGCGUUUCUAUUGUAAUAAAUUCGGUUUUAGAGUCGCUAAUGUGUUUAUACCCCACCCAUUAAGAGCCUAUUCGUCCACUGUGUGGGGACAGGUUCCAUGAAACCGGUUACCGUGUUUCCGCUUCGCCAUAUAAUUAAUUUUUUGUCAUCAUUGUAUUUACAAUGGUUUUAACGAUAAGAACGUUCGAUUGAAAAAAGGGGAAAAAGUGAAUUGUUUAUCGGUAUAGUGUGUGUUUAUAAACAAAACAAUACAAAUAUUAUCUCCAGACACGUCAUCAUCGACACAGUUUCAGGAGAUAAGUCUUUGGAUCAUAUUUAUGCAACGUUGUGCACAUUCUUUAUCAAAUUACUAUUCUUCAAAUAAACGAACGUAACCAAUUAUUUAAAAUCAAUAUAGUUUUCACUUUGUUAUUUACUUUGGCCCAGUUCAGAUUAGAGGAGCGAAUUUUCGUCUCGAGAUCAGACGAUUUACCAUGUAUCAACGAAAAGCCUCGGGAUUUCAGCAGCGGUUAUACCCCCCAGGACCUUCGCCGUAUUUAGAGUGCCUGCUUCCGGACGCUGGUGACUUUGUCAGAAGCAAGGUUUUUGUGUCACUCAUAAGGGAUGAUAUUAAAGCUUUUAGACCCAAUGGGCCUGAUAUGAACGACGAUCCCUUCAUGCGUCGUGCUAUUAUAUUAGCUUUUCGCGCGUUUUCACUUGAGAGCCCCGUGAAAAUGAUUCAUCUUAUCGACAUGUUUAAGAAAGAUCUUCCCAUUUGGUCAUCUUCCCCAGGGUUACCGUGGAACCUACAGGGUUAUAAAACAAAAGGGGAUAUUCGUAAAAAUCCUGAUGCGAUUCAACGUGUUCGGUUGUUCUGGCACCAAGUUAAGAAUCGUGAUCCGGUUUCCAACGACGACUGUUGUGCGUUUGUUAGAGCUCAGAUUGUUCAAGUUGGUGAAACUAAAGCUCGCUGCGUUUGGGGUUAUCCAGCUACAAUGAUGUUUGGUGAAGCUGUUUUCGCUCUCCCACUUAUUGAAGCGUACAUGAAGUGCAACUCUCCUAUUGCUUAUGGCUUUGAAACUGGAAAUGCCGGUAUGAGAAAACUGAUAGAUCAGUGCAAGGGGAGGUACUUCUUAGGCAUUCAUUUCAAGUCAUUUGACAAAACUGUGCCGGAGUGGAUCAUUCGAGUAGCAUUCUACAUCUUACUCUUGCAGAUAGAUUUUCUUUACUUCCAGGAUUACGGUGUAGCUAGAGGUGAUGCAAUGCUUCGCAUGUGGGACCACCUCAUUGAUUAUUUUAUCAACACCCCAAUACGUAUGUCUAAUGGCGAGAGGUACAUUAAGAAAGGAGGCAUUGCAAGUGGAAGUUAUUUUGCCCAUAUUGUUGGAAGUAUAGUAAACUAUAUUUUCUUAAAUUAUGCUCUUCUUAAACUCGGUGUUAAGGUUGAUUAUAUUAAAGUGUUCGGAGACGACUCCCUCUGUGGUUUACAGAAGUCAAUAGCUGUUGAGGAUAUUGCUGAGGUGUUAGAACCUCUUGGUAUGUCAAUUAAUGUUGCAAAAUCUGGAGUUUCUUCUAGGCUUUCUGAUUUAACUUUCCUUGGCUAUAAGAUUUCCGAAGGUUUCCCAACAAAGUCUGGGGAUAAAGUAGACGCGCUCCCUUGAUAAUCCAGAAACACUAGACGCAUGAUGGGAUGAUGUUGCGUCUCGUGCCAUCGGAAUACUCUACGCCAAUCUUGGCGUUGAUGAACACGUUCAUAGACUAGAGGAAGCAUAAGUAUGUUAUGGUAGUUUAUUUAUAGUAUAUUUUUCUGAAAUUCCAUUAUUUGUAAUUUUAUAUGUUAUCAAAUAGUUUUGAAUUUAGCGCUAAAGAAAUUCAGAAAAUUAUAGUUUCUCUGUCGUACGAUAGAUGGCGCCGUAAAACGAAGUUGAGUUUGUUACUAUCGAAAUGUGUUCUAUCUGUUAUACGUAGUGUGUGAUUGUACGGUUUAGUUGGUACAUGUAUGACGUAUUAGGUAAUUCGAAUUUAUAAAAUAAACAGAUGUGUUUUAACUUUCGUCAAGAUGAAAAAUAAAUUUAUCGAUGUGUUAGCUCGCAUGAAAGUAGAGUAAUUACUGUACUGUAUUAACCUAACUUAUGCACUAAUAAAUUUCGACAAUAAAUUACACGUAUAAAACUAGUAAUGUUAAGCAAACAAAUUUACAGAGCAUUUAUUUAGUACUGUCGUAAACAUUCAAGUAUGGAAUACUGUAAAUUGUAAAAUGUGCUUAAAAU